AUGGCGAUUCCGCCGCGGACUCCUCCCCCGCCGCCAUCGUGGUCGCGCUACGUCACCGAGACCGUGAAGGGGUCCCACCAGUUCACCGUCCGGGGUUUCUCCCUCGCCAAGGGCAUGGGCCCCGGCCGCCACCUCGCCAGCGACAUCUUCGCUGUCGGAGGAUACCACUGGGCCGUCUACUUCUACCCCGACGGCAAGAACGCCGAGGACAACUCCAACUACGUCUCCGUCUUCGUCGCCCUCGCCUCCGACGGCAUCGACGUCCGAGCCCUCUUCGACCUCACCCUCCUCGACCAGUCCGGCCGCGGCCGCCACAAGAUUCACUCGCACUUUGGCCGCAAGCUAGAUUCCGGCCCAUACACCCUCAAGUACAGGGGAUCCAUGUGGGGUUACAAGCGCUUCUACAAAAGAUCACUCUUGGAAGAUUCUGAUUUCUUAAAGAAUGAUUGCCUAGUGAUGAACUGCACAGUAGGUGUUAUCAAGAACCGUAUGGAAACACCAAAGGACAUCCAGAUUCAUGUUCCACGAUCAGACAUGGGCCGCUGCUUCAAGGAGCUCCUCAGCCGCGGCAUUGGAUGUGACAUAACCUUCGAAGUGCGCGACGAGAAAGUCAGGGCACACAAGUGGAUUCUUGCUGCUCGCUCCCCAGUAUUUAAAGCCCAGUUCUUUGGUCCUAUUGGAAAGCCCGACCUGCACACGGUUGUCGUGGAGGAUGUGGAACCUGUUGUCUUCAAGGCAAUGGUGAACUUCAUGUACACUGAUGAACUCCCCAGCAUUCCUGAGCUAGCUGGAUCUGCCUCAACAUGGACGUCAACAGUAGUAGUACAGCAUUUGUUGGCAGCAGCUGAUAGAUAUGGACUGGACCGUCUGCGUAUCCUGUGUGAAUCAAAGCUAUGUGAUGAACUGACUCCUGAAAGUGUCGCAACAACCUUAGCCCUUGCUGAACAGCACCAUUGCGCUGAGCUGAAGUCUGCCUGUCUAAGGUUUGCUGCUGUGCGAGAAAAUUUGGGAGCUGUUAUGGGGACGGAAGGCUUUGAUUACUUGGAAGAGACAUGCCCGUCCCUACUCUCUGACUUGUUAGCUACUGUGGCAGAAGUGGACGAUGAUCUUGCAUCCCUUGACCGAAAAAGGGGAGUUUGUGGGAACCAAGUCUUGGCUCCAGUGGAGAGUGCUGAGGCUACCGAAAGGCGCACCCGGCGGAGGCUUUAG